CCUUUAAAAUGGAGAGAUCAUUCAUCAUCAUCAUCAUCAUCUUCAUCAUCAGCUGUGUUUGGGGUCUUGACUUGCUUUUCCUUUUGCCUUUAAAGUAAUUACAUACAUUAUCAUAUGGCUCCCCCGCUUUCUCUUUUGUACACACACAUUCAAAAAGGAAACACACACUCAUUCCCCCGUUCAGCUUUUUUUGGUGGUUGGGGGCGGUUCAAACUUAACAACGGCUACUUUGGAGAGAGAGACUGCGCCCCACCGCCCAAACUAGAGGCGAUUUUAGGCUGACUGUUCAAACGGACCCUCGUUGAACCGCUUUCUCGUCGUCGUCGUUUUCCUUUCAUCUUUGAGACGCGACGGCAAUUCACCUGUUCUAUUUAGACAAACCAACUGUACCCAUUGUCGAACGACCAUCCCUCAUCUUCCAAGUGUGCAAUUGCGCCAUGUCGUUCCCACGCAUGGGCACUGGUCAUGGCGACAUGCCCGAGGAAGAACAUAAUUUCCAGAAAGCAAUACGAAUAAAAAUACCUUUCAACAAGGAAAACCCAGAGGCAAACGUCUUCGACUAUGCGCAGCUGGUUGCGGCUCUGCAUGGCGGUGCAUCGUCCUCCUCGGGCGGAGACAUGCCUAAAACCGACACUGGUUCAGCUGGUUCUGAUAGCGAGGAGGAUGGAGAAGACGAGAACGGACAGCAACCUCGCAAAAAGAAGAGUGCUGCAAAAAAGAUACAAGAGGACUACGAUUUUGAGGACGACUUUAUCGAUGAUAGCGAUCUCUUUUACAACGAGGUCGGAUAUGUCCCUCCUAGCGAAUGGAAUUAUGGUUUCUUUGCAUGGCGAGGACCAGUGGAGAAUUUCUUCGAAGAGUACCAAACAGACUUAUUCGACAGAGAUGCACCAGCUACUGCUGCAAAGCAGAAGGGCAAAAAGAAGGCGACCGCUGCAUCUGCGGAGAAGAAGACAGUAAACGGAGCCGACAAAAAAGCCAAAGGCACUGGCGAGACCAGCCGAAAACGAUCCAAAAAGGCAGCGGUUACCGCGCCAGCCAGUAGUGCGCCAACCUCACCAAAGGUGAAGCGCACUAACAUUUCGCCUCCAGAGUCAGCAAAGCUGGGGAUUAGUAUAGCAUCACCCGAGCCCGCAAAGGAUACAGUCACUUCUACGCCUGAAGGCGCACGGGCUGGCGGCACCACCAUCACUUCAAUCCCGAACUCUUCCGCUCCAGAACGGCGUGGCCCAUCACAACCUGCAGAUUCUGCUACUACUGGAGCACCGGACAACCAUCCACUUGGACCAUACAUCAUUGUCCCAACAAGGACCGAUAGCGAAUUGUCAGAGGACGAUAUGCCACUCGCUGAUUACGCCCGGAUAAAAACCACAAAAGACGAACCACCGGUUCCACAACGAAAGCCCAGCCAACAAACAAAAAAACGAGACAGAAAGGAGGAUAAACACACGACUUUGGGGCCGGCUGCAAUUGCGGACGUAGCAGUGCGACAUGCAUUUUCAGAACCCUCCAAGAAGAAGCAGAAAAAGAACAGAGAAAAAACUGCCCAAGAAGGGCUACUUGCUGCGCCUCCAUUAGCUAUCUCUGCAUCUCUUCUUGAGGUUUCUAUGGGUCUAUCGGAUCCUUCCGGAUCGAAAAAAUCCAGUUCAAAGAGCGAGAAAAAAUCUUCGUCAAAAAAGAGUUCCAAAUCCAAGCGAUCAGAGACCGGGUUCCCCCGUAAAGUUGAGCAAUUGUUGCAACAUCUUGAAGAGAAGGCAUACCUGUUACAACCACCGGCCCAUGAGCCUCUCACGGGUGAACUGAGAGAUUGCCUCCACCAAGCCGCCCUUACUGCGUCGAAUAACAGCUGCUUGAAUGCCUCAUUCUUUGCGCGAGUUGGAGCCUUUUUGCCGUACCCUGAAUAUUAUCUAAGAAAAAUCAUCGGCAUACACGUUAUACCCAAAAAGCUGGAAAGAAUGCAGCCAGCCAUAAAGCAGAUGUAUGAUCAUUUCCGCGCGCUCAUCAAGGAAACUUUAACGCAAAAUCCAAUCGCAACCCAACCCUCUACAUCGUCUGCUGCCUCGCCAGAGGGGAACGACGGCAGUUCUAAAUUCCCUUGGACCGAAGAUCUGAGGACGCUGUUUUGGAAUUUGUUGUGCAGUGAAUGGGAGAUGGCCGAGUUGGAUAACGAGUAUCACAUACUUACCGAUACUAAACCCGAAUUCAAUGAGAGCGCUGUGCGCAAAGCUGUUUAUGGAAAGGUAUUAAGUUUUUGGCCCGAGGGAAUGAUGACGGUCGAGACGCUUUCCCGUACAUAUAGUCAUAUGAAAAGAAAGCUGGAACGACGAGCAGCCAGUGGUUACGGCGGCGGCAGAUACCACGGUGCCAAACCCGAUCCUUUCAAGAAUAACAAAAGAUUGAACCCUCGCAAGUCCGCUCCGCCGAUACUGGAGGGUGGUCCGCUGGGGCGAGAUGAGGACGAUUCACAAAAAGUGUCCGUGAACCUUGUCUCUUCAGUAUCAGCUAUGACUCCGGCAAAAUCUGAUGGUGGAGUAUCUUCGCCGCUGUCGUCUCCUUACGCAAUGGGUGGUAGUCAAACACCAGAAGCUGGACCCAGUUCCACCCCUUCCAAUGAGAUUCCCCCCCGACCCCCCAUACCUCCCAAACUCAUAUCCAAGGUUCCUGCUGCGGGCCAUUUUACUCCAGACGGGUGGAAAGUGGAAAAGGACAAUGUGAAACGCAAAGGAUCUUUUGAGCCCCCAAAUUUUGAGCAUAUCCCUCUGGACAAGAAACAGAAAAUCUCGAUCAUGACAUCAACAACUGAGUUCGCGACGCCGACUCCAUCAGGUUCAGCCGGAACUGCUGGAGGAAGUGGUUCGCCAGGACCAAUAGGAACCACACGGAGGGCCUCCGACGUCAAAAUUCAAGUUAUCAUCCCUGUUGAGAGCCACGAUUCUGUGACAGAAAUAGCAUCGCCUGCGCGGAAAACGUCUGAUGCUACGAGAGAGAAUUUGGGUGGGAGGGCAAUGUCGGUUGCAGAGUUGAUUGGAUAGGAUAGCCAUUAUCACCGAUGUCUUUCUUUGCAUCAGUCUUUUUUUCGCUGUACAUUUCUUUUUUAACGGAAAUUUUUGAUAUACGCAGUACGAUUGUCCAAUGCCAGAGUCAGGAGGGUCAACAUCAAACAAUUUAAUUAACGUUUUACUACAAUUAGACGAUCC